AACUGUGUUUAUUACGCGUUGCGUGUUGAAGGGUGAUGUAAGUGUAUAGGAAGGGUAUAGGAUAGGGGGGGGGGGGUAUUUCGCCCUAUUUAUCGCACUCCCCCUUUUCAUGAGGGUAAGCUUUUGUUUCCCUUAGGAGAAUAUGGGGUGAAAAUUGUCCUCCAUCCUUUUCGUUCGUUUCAUUGAACUGUGCAUUUUGGUAAAUAUCAUCAGGUAGCACAUGGGCAUUUGCCUCUCAAUGAAUACACUUAAUACUACACAGAAGAAUUGGUAGAGUGUUCUGUAGAUUGUUUUGUGGUAGGUCGUGGUGGUCGUAGUUCGUGGUAAUGUAGCGUUGAGAUGUCGAAUAAUUAGCAAUCAUUUGGGCCACCAUAAGAGCUAGGAGCUUCAUUAGGGUCAAAGCGUACCGCACGUCUCACUUGUGGAGUACGAGGAGUCGUACUAGGAGAAGGUGCGUCAGGCUCAUUGAGUUGCUUCUCGAGAAUGCGGAGAGCAUAUCUGUGUAAUGGAUCACUCAUGCCUGCUAUUUCAAUCCGCUGACGCUCCUGAGUGGCGACAAUGUGAUCUAAAGCGAUCAUAACUACUUGGGUAUAUGAAGUUCCAUCUCCUUUCUCCUCGUCAUCUUGUGUUUCAGUCCAUACAGGGCCCGCUUGAGCUUAACAGUUGUGUGAAGCUUGCCGUCGGUGUCCCGUUACCUUAUACCUUUGGGUAGGUCCAUAUAUGACUGCUUUGAAUCAAGAUCGGACUGAAUAAAUGCUUGCGGAAUAUCGGAGUGCUUGAUCGGGAAGCUACCCAUCUACUGUCGUCGAUAUCCUCGGGUGCGUCUAAAAUAUCAUUCAAUGGCUUAGGAAGUCGUUGCAAUUUGGACCUCCCUUGUGCGUUUUGACAUCUAAAAAGACGACCAGCAGCUUGUACAGUUGUGCACUCAUUAUGUCAAAUUGUUCCUUUGUACAAGUGUUGCCAAGAUUUAUUGACCUCUUAUAGCCAUCCUCUUCAUCCUGAUCGGGAUCGAGAGGCCAACCUGGAGGUGUCUCGGUCUGCAACCUAACAAAUCUUGAGAAUUCAGGUAAUCUCUCUCUCACAUUCUAUGGCAAACGCGGUUCUCCAGAGAAUGCCUCUUCUGAGGGCAUAACCGUGUGGAGAAGACUGACAUUUUUCUAUGUUCGAUAUGUAGCUUUGACCAGGUUUGCAGAUUGCGACAUAGUCUUCUGAUAUCUUUGCUCUACGUGCGCCGGCAGAAUGUUCCUUGAAGUACUUAAUGAGCUUGGGUAACUUUUGCCAGUUGCAACCCAAGAAGUAUAACAUUCUUCUCGUAUAAGUUUCUGUCUCGAUACCAUUAUCACUAACAAAAAGUGCAAG